AUGGACACAACCCCACCAGACCGCGAGUUCUGCGCACGCGGCGAGCAGCUCUACGUCGAGGCGCAGCUCGACCUCGCGUGCUGGCGGCGCAGCUACCCCCAGAUCGAGCACCUCAAGGCCGCCGUCGCGGACCGCGAGCUGGCCGUCGAUUCCAAUUCGCCGCUGGGCCUGCGCGUGGCCAUCGCGCAGGCGGCGCGCUUCCACCACGAAGGCGUGAGCUCGUCGGCGAGUGCGUGCUCUGCCUCGAGAUGACGCUCAACAUCCUCACACACAUCCACGUCAAGCCCUGGAACGUGCACGCGAAGCGCGCGCUCGCGGAUUUGAGGAGGGCGGCCAUGCUCUUCGCCGAGGGCGAGGGCCCUCAGGCCUUCGAGCAGGCGCCCAGCGGGCCUGGCGUCGCCCGCCGACCGCGGCCCGGACUCCUUCGACUACUGCGCGGAGCUGGCCCGCGCGGGCGCGCGCGGCUGCGCGCGGCCGACCCCUACGCGCGGCGCCGGGCGCUCGGCGACGGCGACGCGGCGACGGCCGCGCGCGCCGCGCUGGCCGGCGUCGAGCGCAUGCUGCUCGACAUCGAGAACCAGUACUGUCCCGAGCCCAAGUUCGCCAAGAUCAUCAGGGGCGACGCGGCGGCGGGCGCGGCGCCCGGCUUCGUCGAGGCCGCGGGCGCGGCGGCGCCCGAGCCCGCGUUCGCGCCGCAGCCGCCGCCGCCGCCGCGCUUCGCGCCGCCGCCGCCGGCGUUGCCGCCCCAGCCGCGCUUCCCGCCGGCGUCGCCCGCGCGGCGCGCGCCGCCGCCGCCGCCGCGCCGGUCGCCCGCGCCGCCGCCGCCCGCGCGGCGGUCGCCCGCGGCGCCGCGGUCGCCGCCGCCGCCGCCGCCGCCGCCGCCGCGCCGCGCGGCGACGCCGGACACGGGCGCGCGCGCGACGGCCGGCGGCGGCAGCCCCGCGCGGUCCUUCGGCUUCGGCUCGGACGACGACGACGAGAUCAGCGAGCCGGCGCCGGUCUCGGAGUCGCAGGCCGCGGCCGAGGACCUCACGGGCCUGCUGCCCGGCGCGCCCGUGCGCGGCAAGAACGCCAAGGGCUCGCGGAAGCGCCGGCGCUGGACGGCCGACGAGGAGACGGCCGUCAAGGACGGCUACCAGAUGUACGGCGACAAGUGGGCCAAGAUCCUGCGCGAGUUCUCCGUGCUCAGAAAGGGCGGCCGCACGAGCGCCGACGUCCGCGACAAGUUCCGCAACCUCGUGAAGAAGGACCCGGCGCUCGCCGGGCCGCCCAAGCGCGCGCCGGCCGACGGCCGCACCGACGACGAGGACGACGAGGACGAGGAGGAGGCGGCGGCGCCGGCGCCCGCGCCGAAGCGCCGCCGCUCGUCCGGCGGCGCCGCGCCGGCGCCGGCGCCGGCCGCCGCGCCGCCGCCGCCGGCCGCGGCGCCCGCGCCCGCCGCGCCGCCGGCGCCGCGCGUGCCGGCGGACGCGUGGGUCCCCGUCUGCGCCGAGUGGUGCCGCAAGCGCCUCGUGGCCGAGCCCGACGCCAAGGUGCACAUCUCGACGGUCCGCGACGCGUUCGCGUCGUCGACGGCGCUGCCGGCGGCGCACGCGGGCGCGCUGCGCGAGGCGUUCAAGCGCCCCAAGUCCAGGGAGUCCAAGGCGUUCAAGAAGACGCUCGAGGCGAUCGUCAAGGGCAACAUCAAGAACCAGGUCGUGAUCGACGGCAAGAACCAGGUGGGCAUCCUCCACUUCCGCCUCAAGGGCGACCACGUCGUGGACGACGACGAGGAGGUCCUCUCCGACGCCGGCGCGGCCGAGCCGGCCGCGGAGGAGGAGGAGGAAGAGGAAGAGGAGGAGUGAGCCCUUUCCCCCUUCAUCCCCUUGUAACUCCAUGACUCUCUCC